UAAAGAUAUGAUCAAAAACAUAUUGAUGGACAAAUCUAUCUUCAUUCUUCUUCAUAUAGCCACUACUCUUCUUGUUUUUCCAUUUCCUUUCACCAAUGGGAAGGUGAUGAUGGAAUACAUAGGAGCAACCGGCAAGCCAGUAACAUUCGACGCCGUCCCAAUCAACGACAACAUCGACUUUCAUUUCAUCCUCAGUUUCGCCAUUGAUGCAGACCAAUUAGGAAAUCCCCAAAACGGAACUUACUCACCUUACUGGUCAUCAACCCUAACUCCACUCUCCGUCAUGGAAAUCAAAUCUCGUCACCCAAACGUAAAAGCUCUAGCAAGCCUUUCAGGUUGGAGUAUCAACAAUAAAACCCUACGUUGGUACAAGCCCAUCAAUCCCCAAAUAUGGAUAAAGAAUGCUUUCACCUCAUUAAAAAACCUAACAGAGACAUACCACCUAGACGGCAUCGACGUGGAUUAUGAAACAUUCAGCAAACGCGACAAUAGCUUUGCUUAUUGCAUCGGGGAACUGAUUAGUUUACUUAAGAACCAGAGCGUGAUAUCGGUAGCCACGAUUUCUCCGUUCUAUAGUACAGUAAUACCGUAUAUAGAGCUUUUCAGAGAGUAUAAGGAGGUUAUUGAUUAUGUGAAUUAUCAAUUCUAUACGGAUAAUGUGAAGACUGCGGUAGGGUAUUUGCAGGCGUUUAAGAGAAGGACGGGAGAGUUCAGUUUGGAUAAGGUUUUGGCGAGUUAUGAAGUUAGAGGAAGAGGGAUUCAAGGAGAUGCUUUUUUUGAUGCGUUGAAGUUGCUAGAGAGAAAUGGAUAUAAUGUUAGCGGGAUCAUGAUUUUCUCGGCUGAUGCUUCUGCUUCUAAUGGUUAUUACUAUGAGAAAAAGUCACAGGAUUUCUUGCUUAAUUCCACCACUUGUUUAUGUUAAUUCAUUUGGGUGGGCAAGGCAAAGCAGAGCAGAGCAAACAAACACAUUGAAAUGAUUUUUUUUGCUUAAACAAUAACAUAGAAAUAAAGCAUCAUCGGCAUGUAAUUGUUUUGU